AUGGCAACUCCAAAUAACAAAGAGCAAUUCUCGGGUGGACUUGCAAAGGUUUUGGCAGAACAAUGGCAAGUUGACGUACGGCUCAAGGCAGUUAAUAGUGAUGAUGAGGGUUCAGCUAUCUCUGCCCACAAACUUAUUCUGUAUCUUGCGGCUGAUAAAUAUGAGAUUCCGCAUCUACGAGACCUAUGCAGAACCGAGCUUAUAUCUUCUCUUAGUUUGUCGAAUUCUCUUGACCUCCUUGAGCUCGCUCAAAUUCCUUUUGACAAAGUACUUAACGAUGCAGCCUUUGGCUAUAUCAAAACAAACAUAAGUACGAUUGCUAGCUCUGAUGAGUUCAAGUUGUUCGUCGCCAGUAGCCCAAAUCUUGCCGUGGAGAUCAUGAAGGCAUCUCUUAGUAAUUCAAGAUGUUAUUCCUGUGGUUACAACAAUGCUCAAUAUAUGACUAGAAGCAACUGUUAUAGUUGUGGUCGCUACUUUCGUUGA